UACUUCGAGUAGCACCAUUUAGACUUUAGAUUACAUAUUAGCUUUCUUUAGUUCAUCUAACUUAGCCUGUAAUUUGUUCAAAUAAAUGUCAUCAUCAACAGUAACUCAAAGUAUCUGCUGCCCUAAAUGUCAAGAAGCUGUUGCAGUUGAUGGAGACGUACAGAUACAAUCAAAACCAGAAAGUGGUAAGUUUGUCAGUGUUAACAAGGGACUGCAUGUUUGCAUCGGAAACAUGUUGCACAGACACACACACAGCAGCAGCAGCACGAUUCCUAAUUCUCUGAGUAGCCAUGAGACGUCAACUCUUGACACAAUAAGAAACUGGGAAACAAUAAAAGGGAAGCGUGCACUUCUUUGUGCAGUAACUUACGAUAAGCAGAAAUAUCAACUCAAAGGAACUAACUAUGAUGUGAUCAAAAUGCGUGAAUUCCUAAUGACACGGUUUAUGUUUCCAAGUACCUCUAUCCACAUUCUUGCAGAAAUGGACUCACACCCUCAUCCAACAAAAAGAAAUAUCCAAGAAGCUUUGAGGUGGCUCGUGAAGGACAACCAGCAUGGUGACUCAUUGGUGUUCUAUUUUUCGGGUCAUGGAUUAAGGCAGCCUGAUUUUUUUGAUGAUGAGGUUGAUGGGUUUGAUGAAACAAUAUGUCCUCUAGAUUUUAGAACUGAAGGAAUGAUUAUUGAUAAUGAAAUCAAUGAUACCAUCGUUAGACCUCUCAAGAAAGGCGUCAAACUUCAUGCCAUGAUAGAUGCUUGUCACAGUGGAACAAUACUUGACCUACCACAUGUCUAUAGCACAAAAGAGCAUUGUUGGUCAGUUAACAAACCCCCAUCUGGUGUAUAUAAAGGUACUAAUGGUGGGCUUGCCAUUUCUAUCAGUGCGUGUGAAGAUAAUCAACUUGCUGCAGAUACAUCUGCUUUCUCAGAGUCAGGAAAGCAAAUGGAAGGUGCUAUGACGCACACUUUUCGGAAAGCACUUUUGGAUAACUCCAAAGCUACUUAUGCUAGUGUCUUGAAUUCAAUGCAUGAUAAAAUAUUGGCAGCCAAGAAAAACAAUUUCAAUCUCAGUGGACUGUUUCACCGUGAAAGAGUACAGGAACCUUUGCUAUCAUCUUCCGAAGAAUUUGACUUAAAUGAGGCGUUUGUCCUAUAACUCCACCAUACAACUAGGAGCUCCUAAGGUUAACUUGCAAUAAAAACGAAUGACUAUCCAAGUCAUGAUUUCACUAUCCAAAGUAACACCAACCAUUUGGACAAUUUUAGCUUUUUGUUUGGUUUUGAUGUUUGUUUUGUGUUUAUGAUUUCUUUUGGUGCCACAGAC